GCUUGUCAAAGAAGAAAGGCUCGUUUGGGUGAGCAGCUAAUGUCAGAUCUACCAGAAAGCCGAGUGACACCUCAAAAACCUCCUUUUACUAUAGUAGGAAUCGAUUAUUUUGGACCCAUGCUGGUGAAAAGAGGUAGAUCGUUGGUGAAAAGAUAUGGUUGCCUUUUCACAUGUUUACAAGCAAUCCAUAUAGAAAUAGCUCAUUCCUUGGAUACAGACUCGAUGAUCAACGCUCUCAGGAGAUUUAUUAGCAUGCGAGGAUGUCCCGAGCAAAUCAGGAGUGAUAGAGGAACAAAUUUUGUGAGUGCUAACAAGGAAUUGAACAAAGGAAUUGAAGAAUGGGAUCAAAGUAAAGUGGACAAAUUUUGUACGCAAAGAAGAAUUAAGUGGCACUUUAACCCGCCUUCAGCGAGCCAUAUGGGAGGCGUAUGGGAGAGAAUGAUACGAUCUGUUAGACAAAUCCUCAAGCAAUUCUCAAAGGAACAAGUAGUUUCAGACAAAGUCCAGCAAACCGUGAUUGCAGAGGUGGUUCUAAUCCUGAAUUCAAGACCUCUCACGCGCAACAGUGACAGUCCUGAAGAUGACGAUCCUCUAACUCCAAACCACUUAUUGCAUUUACGAGCAAGUACUAGUUUACCCCCAGGAUUAUUUGACAAGAAUGAUUUGUGCUGUAAGAAGAAUUGGAAGCAGGCUCAAUACUUAGCAAAUGUUUUUUGCGUAGAUGGCUCAAAGAAUACUUACCAACAUUAAUGGAGAGAAAGAAAUGGUACACACCGAGACGGAAUCUUAAAAAAGGAGAUCUAGUACUUGUAG